UCUUCCUUCCAACAGCUAGCUCCACUUGUCAGAGCCUUUUGUCUUCAAAACAAACCGACCCACUUGGCGUCGAGUCCGAUUUCUGUCACCUACUUCGCUACUACAAUCACGUUUCUUCUCUCGAGUUCAGUAGAAAGUGGGGACGGUCUAUACGAGACUGGAAAUCGAGGAAUCUUUCGACAGAAGUAGUUCAUCAUAUAGACAUCCCUACCUCCGGUACAUCUGCAGCGGAAAUGCGCUUCGAGACGGGGGGAAAAUUCGGUCACUUACCUGGGGCCAAAGUAGGACAAGUUGUUGUCCGCUUCCCUCCAGAAGCUAGUGGUUAUCUCCAUAUUGGACACGCCAAAGCUGCAUUGCUGAAUCAGCACUACAGAGACCUUUUCGAAGGCCGAUUGAUUCUCCGAUUUGAUGACACUAAUCCUUCCAAAGAGAAAGCCUUUUAUGAGGAAUCUAUCCUAUCUGACUUACCUCGCCUGGGCGUCCGAUGGGAUGUGCGUUCCCAUACAUCUGACCAUUUCGAUUUGAUACUUCGUUUGUGUGAGCAGCUCAUUCAAAAUGGCAAAGCGUAUGUAGACGAUACAGAUGGAGAGACUAUGAAGAUUGAACGCGAGAAUCGCAAACCUUCUGUUCGUCGAAAUAAUUCUGUAGAGCAGAAUUUAGCAUGGUGGGAUGAAAUGAAGAGGGGUACCGAUUUCGGUUUACAAUGCUGUGUUCGAGCCAAAAUCGACAUGAAUUCGAACAAUGGCGCCCUCCGUGACCCAACUAUCUAUCGAUGCAAGCGUGAUCCGCACGUUCGCACGGGUACCAAAUAUAACGUCUAUCCGUUGUAUGACUUCGCUUGUCCGAUAGUCGACAGCGUUGAAGGUGUCACGCAUGCCCUGAGAACAUCAGAGUAUAAUGAUCGUAACGAUCAGUAUGCGUGGUUUUGUGAAGCUCUUGGUUUACGCUGUCCGAUAGUGAUCGAUUAUAGUCGCUUGGCUCUGCAAAACACCGUUCUUUCCAAGCGCAAAUUGGCUUGGUUCGUGGAUGAGGGCCUGGUAGAUGGUUGGGACGAUCCCAGAAUGCCGACAGUUUCCGGCAUCCUCCGGCACGGCAUGACAGCUGAGGGUUUAAGGCAGUUUGUUUUGGCUCAAGGCUCUAGUCGUUCCUCAGCUCAGAUGGAAUGGGACAAGAUUUGGGCGUUUAAUAAAAAGGUUAUUGAUCCAGUUGCACCUCGCUUCACUGGUUUGUUAAUGGAUCCAUCCGUUCCUCUUCGGGAAACAGCACCACACGGUCUUGUUCCGGUUCUCGUUCACGGACAGGACGAAACAACUAAGAAACAGGUUCCAGUGCAUCCGAAGAAUGCACAGCUAGGACAGCGGACUGUUCUUCUAGGGCCGCGUGUAUUUGUGGAGUAUUCGGACGCUGCUUGUUUCAGGGUAGGCGAAAACGUGACCUUCAUCAACUGGGGCAAUUGUCGAGUGCUCAAAGUCCAUCGUGAUGGGGAUUUUGUUACUGAACUAGAAGUUGAAUUAAAUUUAAACGAUACGGACUACAAGAAAACACUGAAAGUAACUUGGCUUACCGAUCCGGGUUCAACUGGCCCCGCCUUGACUCCAACUUCCUGUCUUCUGUACGGCCAUCUGCUAACCAAAGCUGUCAUCUCCAAAGACGAUGACUUUAAGCAACUAUUCAAUCAUUCCUCAAAGAUAGAACAAUGUCUACUGGGCGACCACGACCUACGCUACCUCAAGAAAGGUGAUAUCAUUCAACUUCAGCGUCGAGGGUACUAUAUCUGUGAUAUGCCAUAUGAUCCAAAGUGCGCUGCCACCGGAUUCGAAUCUCCAUGUGUUUUGAUUCAAAUACCCGAGGGAACAGCCAAAUCGGAAGUAACUGGCUCAGAUCAACCACAAUCCGAAGCUAAACCUUCGGGUGGCUCUUCCAAGGCUAAAUCCAAACCGGUUGUAAUGACCAAAGAAGAAGAAGCCAAAGCGGCUGAGCGCCAGCGCAAGAAGGAAGAGAAGAAGGAGGCACGUAAAGAAGGCAGAGCCAAAUAUAAGCAAACUGGGAGCGGUGAUCAAACUGUUAAGAACCAGCCACAGGUUACAGCGCAUGUCACCGAGGUUGACGUCACAAUCGCAAAAGCUGGUGUUCCCACUGUUCCGUCGGAUAGGAAUGCAGAACGUCCUACCACUGGACAGCAGACCAAAAAACAGACCAAACUGGCUCUGGAAGCCCAAAAAGAGACCGACUUUGCCGAUUGGUAUUCUCAACUGAUCACAAAGUCUGAAUUACUGGAGUACUAUGACAUAAGUGGAUGUUACAUAUUUCGCCCCUGGGCCUAUUCUAUGUGGCAAACCAUUCAACGUUUUCUGGAUUCCAAACUGCAACCUCUUGGCGUAGAGAAUGCCUACUUCCCCAUGUUCGUUACCAAAUCAGCUCUUGAACGGGAAAAGAAUCACUUGGCAGAUUUUUCUCCCGAGGUCGCUUGGGUAACGAAAUCGGGUGAUUCUGACCUUGUUGAACCGGUGGCUAUCCGACCAACCAGUGAAACCAUCAUGUAUCCUGCAUUCGCGAAAUGGAUCAAGUCCCAUCGCGAUCUCCCUCUUCGAAUCAACCAGUGGAGUAACAUUGUGCGGUGGGAAUUCAAGCACCCUCAGCCAUUUCUCCGCACUCGCGAGUUCCUCUGGCAGGAGGGUCACACGGCACAUGCCGACCAACGAGACGCAGAGGCCGAAGUGUUGACUAUUCUCGAUUUUUACGCCCAAGUUUACGAAGAUCUCCUCGCAGUCCCUGUUAUUAAAGGUCGAAAAACCGAAAAGGAAAAGUUUGCCGGUGCCGCCUACACGACUACAAUAGAAGCUUUCAUCUCUGCAACUGGUCGUGGUAUUCAAGGCGCCACUUCUCACCAUUUGGGCCAAAACUUCAGUCGUAUGUUUGACGUUACUUACGACCACCCUACCACUGGGAUGCCCGAGUAUGUGUACCAGAACUCCUGGGGUUUGACCACUCGGACACUUGGGGUUCUUGUCAUGACCCAUGGGGAUAACAAAGGCUUAGUGCUUUCACCACACAUCGCCCCAAUUCAGGUCAUUAUUAUCCCCUGUGGAAUCACCAGUAAGAGCACAACCGAAGAGCGUGAGACGCUCAUCUCCACCGCGCAUGAGGUCACCACUGUACUACAAAAGCAUCCCGCCGGGUUUCGCGUUCGGUGUGAUGAUCGUACUCAUGUGUCACCCGGAUGGAAGUUUAAUCACUGGGAACUGAAAGGCGUUCCCGUCCGAUUGGAGAUUGGCCCACACGAAGUGGCAGAACGAUCCGUCUGCGCAGUGUUGCGCCACAAUGCAGACAAGCUACAAAUUCCCGUGGAUGAGCUGAGCACUCGAUUACCACCCCUUAUGGAUUCCAUUCAUGCGGAUAUGCUGAACAGAGCGAGGGCCGAUUUAUCUUCCCACAUAUUGCGAGCAGAACAUAUGGACGAAUUACGGGCCGCCCUUGAUGCCAAGUCGUUGGCUAUCGUUCCGUUCUGCUGCGAUUCAGUUUGCGAGGAACACAUCCGGAACGAAUCCGCCCAGAAUGUCGUUGUAGAACCUGGAGCCCCGGCAAUGGGUGCGAAGUCGUUGUGCAUUCCUUUCAACUGCGAUUUCAACCCGAGCUUACCGUGUGGAACCCCAGCGUUGGGCACUAAAUGUAUAGGCUCUCCACGUUGCAAACUCCCUGCUGUGUCUUAUACUCUGUUUGGCCGUAGCUACUGAAUGCUCAUGUUCCUUUGUUCAUCCUCGCUUCCCCUGCUCUUGUAAUUUUGUACACGAAAUACAUAGGUGCUCGAUGAAA